UUUACAUGUGGAACAGCGGUCGUACAAGUAAACAGCCGCAGCGUUUCACAGGUUUCCUCGUUAUUUACCGCUUGGUGUCUUCCAAGGACCUGGAAAUCCACAGAUUAGACAUUGCAUUACGUAGAAAGUGGGGUUACACUUGCAUAUAAAUGGCCGUUUAUUUUUCACAAGGCUAAAAAGUUGAGCCGCCUGCUCCAUAGGAACCACGCAUGGCUGAGGAAGGCGCGAAGAACGAGUCCGGGUCUCCUCAGCCGCCCAUCGAGAACGAGGAAAACCUCAACACUCAGUCGAAUGUAGCGCAAAACGGUGAACCGGAAAAUCUGUCCAAAAGACAAAGAAAGAAGCUCCUGAGACAACAGAAAUGGGAGGAAGAGCGAGAGCUCAGGAAACAAAAGCGUAAGGAGAGGAAGCAACAGCGCCGUGAGCAGCGGCAAAGUAACUUCGCACACAAGGAAGAGACAGGCGAUGGCCUGUGUGCGUGGAAACAUCCUCGUAGAGAGGUGACUCCUAGUCCAGUGAGGGUGGUUUUGGAUUGCAGUUAUGAUGACCUCAUGCCCAUUAAGGACAUUCGCAAACUUCACAGACAGGUCCAGAGGUGCUAUGCUGAGAACCGACGAGCGCUACAUCCUGUCCAGCUGCUCAUAACUAGCUUAGGUGGACAGCUAAAAGAGACAAUGGACGAGAAAGACAGAGGAUGGGUCAACUGGAAGGAUAUCUCCGUCAAAACAGAGCACUACAGUGAUGUCAUUACCAAGGAUCAGCUGGUCUAUCUGACGUCCGACUCUCCGAAUGUUCUCGAGAAGCUGGAUGACUCUAAAGCUUAUAUAAUUGGCGCCUUAGUGGACCACAACCAUCACAAGGGGAUCAGCUUCGAGAGAGCCAAUGCACUUGGGAUUGGUCACGCUCAGCUACCUCUAAGUAACUUUGUCAAAAUGAACAGUCGGAAGGUUUUGGCUGUCAAUCACGUGUUUGAGAUCAUUUUGGCAUUUCUGGAAAAGUGCAACUGGAAGGAGGCUUUCUUCACCGUGCUGCCUCAGAGGAAAGGAGCGACUGCUGUUGAUGAGCAUGCAAAUGACGUGCCAGAUAAAGAAGCUUCUGACUCGGACUCUGAUCAUGAAGACGGAACGGAACAAACACCUUAAGCAUGUGUUCUCAUAUCGAAAUGUGCUGAAUAGUUUUUCUUCCAAGUCUUGGCACUUUUAGGUUCUGCUUUGUUUACUUUAGAUAUUUAUUGACCACUGAGAAACAAUUGGUCUGAGAACUUGAGUGUUUUAGUUAAUCCAAACAGUUUUCAUGGUCCAAGAAUGGGGUUCACAGUUCUCACCUAUGAGUGAUUCUCUGUAUAGAUACAAGUCGGGUGACAGUAAUGACUUGUGCCAGUGACUUGCUUCUGCCUUCAGCAAACAAACAAUAAAAUAAACAGUGACCACAAUUUGUAUAGCCAUUACUUUUAAUGAGCAAAUUAAAAAUGAAUCGCUCACAGAAACUUGGAACAAAAAUGAGACAUAUUUUUCUUAUCAUGGACUAAAGAAAUAGA